AUGACAGGUGGGAUUGGUGUGGGAGGUACUUUGCAAAGCGAACUCACACCACCACCAACCGGAGUAAUCAAGCCUCCCUUCAAGCACACUUGCUCUUGCGGAUCGAAUCGAUCAGUUCUUGAGGGACUUUCUUCAUGUUGCCGUGGACAUCGUAGCUCUCGAAGUAUACAGGCGCGUGCAUGCCUCCAUGACCUGCUCGACUGCACCGGUGACCAGAGAACCGAUUCCUUCCGUCGCCCGGUAUCAGAGUAA